UCAACAAUCUCAUCCAUAAAAUCAGUCAAGCAGAAGAUUAUCAUUUUAUUUUUAGCACCCAAGAAGCAAUUCAGAAAAUGGAGCAAGUAAAAACACUUGAUGCAAAAGACAAUCAUGGAAUAGAAGUAGACACAAUUGAUAAUGACAUUGUUGAUGCAGUAAACACAAUUGAUAAUGACAUUGUUGAUGCAGUAAACACAAUUGAUAAUGACAUUGGUGAUGUUUCUGAAACAAGACCGAGACAAUUAACACUUAGUUCUGGACAUGUUGCAGAGUUGAAGACUGGGGCACUAAAUAUGGUCAAUGGAUCUGAGGCAGAAAUCACACCAACUAAUUCUUCAAGAAAUUAUCAUAAAUCAAUUCAUUGCGGGGUUGUUGAAGAAACACCAUGUGUUGAUGAGCUCAGC